UAACCAGCUCACGUUUGACUGUCAGUGAAAGGCAACACUACCUGCAGAUGAGGAUGUGCAUCUUGUCAGCUUUCCUUCGUGAGGGAGGAGUUUUAGGGGGAAGAAAAUAAAGAGCUUACCUGACUCCAGAUCAUCUGUGUGGAGAAGAAGACAGACAUCAGUUGUUGACAUUAAUUAUCUUCAAUCAUCAAUAAAAAAAAGCAUGGCAUACCGAGGCAGCGUUAGACCUUACGUCAACUUCAAUGCCAAACAUGAUGCUGAAAUCCUCCAUAAGGCCAUGAAAGGGAUUGGUACAGAUGAAGAUGCCAUCCUCAUGCUUCUUACAGCCCGCAGCAAUGAUCAGCGCCAGCAAAUUAAGGCAGCAUAUAAAAAGGCCCAUGGAAAGGACUUGGUCAGUGCACUGAAAUCUGAGCUCGGUGGGCUGUUUGAGAGUCUCAUUGUGGCCCUGAUGACUCCAUCUGUCUUAUAUGAUGCUACUCUACUGCAUAACGCUCUCAAGGGUGCCGGGACUGAAGAUGAAGUGCUAAUUGAGAUCCUGGCCUCCAGGACUGGCGAGCAGAUUAAAGAAAUCACCAAAGUGUACAAGAAAGAGUUCGGCGGAAAGCUGGAGAAGGAUAUCUGUGGUGACACCUCAGGGCACUAUCAGAAGCUGCUGGUGAUCCUGCUGCAGGGGAGUAGGGAGGAGGGAGUAGACGAGGAAAAGAUCGAGAAAGACGCUAAGGACUUGUAUGCUGCUGGUGAGGAAAAGUUUGGCACAGAUGAGGAAAAAUUUAUCACAAUUCUGGGCAACAGGAGCGCUGAGCAUCUCAGAAAAGUAUUUGCUGCCUACAAGAAGCUCUCUGGCUCUGACAUAGAGGACAGCAUUAAAGGCGAGACCACAGGGAAUUUGGAGAACUUGCUGCUGGCUGUUGUGAAAUGUGCUGAAAGCAUCCCAAACUUCUUUGCUGAGAGACUAUAUAAAUCUAUGAGGAGAGCUGGAACUGAUGAUGACACUCUGAUGAGGAUAAUGGUGUCCAGGAGUGAGGUGGACAUGUUGGACAUCAGAGCCAGUUUCAAGAAGAUGUACGGACAGUCUCUGUACACCACCAUCCAGGAAGACACAACUGGAGAUUACCAGAAGGCUUUACUCUACCUGUGUGGUGGGAAUGAUUAAUGCAACCUUAUGACGCAUUUAGCAGCAAUGAAUGAUGAGCCAUCAUGUUGCUGCAGGACAAAGCUAUACACAUGAGAUGAGGAUAUUGAUCUAUAGUUCUUCUUUCUGUUAGUGUGUGUUUAUCGAGUUAGUGUGAAUUACCUGAGUGUCAUUUUGACUUAUGGCAAUAUUAUAUAGUAUGAAUAUUAUUUGCAACGCACUGUUCUUUUUUUGUUUGUUUGUUUUUUAAAUGCCAGACAGAACAUACAGCUCUAAUUUAGUCCUUGGUAAACAAGCAGUUUUGAUUUUAAUGCAGAUAAGAAUGUUUUCUGAAAUGAUGAAAUGCCUGAUUAAUUUAAAAUCGAUCUUUGACCUCUUUUUCUUGUCAAGCGUACACACAAUGUUAGCAGCUGUUUACCUUAUUUGUGCUCGCUUCUCACAGCUUGUGUUAAAUGCAAGUUUGAAAAUACAAUACCGCUGCUCAAUUAUUAAACCCUACAUGUUGACAACCCUGAUGCUCUCAUUAAUAAGAAAUGAGGCUGUGAUCCAGACUUGACGUGCAAUGCGGCUGUCGGUGAUCAAUAAGUAAUGGGACGCUAUUAGACAUUUGUUGAUGCAUAUAAUGAGAUCUAUUGCUUCUAUGCCUUUCUGCACGAUGAGGCCAAAUGUCAAACAAACGGUCCCUAUAGGUCACUCGGUGGAAAAUGAUUUUAUUAUGUUGGAACUGAACCACAGGGUGGCAGCAGAGUUAGAAAUGAGGACAUAAUGUCUUUAUAAUGUUUCUCAUUACAGUGACUGAUGAGAUAGUGUCAAUAUAUUUUACUUAAAAUUUCUUUUCUUUUCACAAAUUAACAAAUUCAAAUGUAAAUAAACGGAGUGAUUACACUAGGGCCUUCGCAGACUAGUACUCAGGCCCUAACUGUAUGUUUUUCAACCCUCCCAUUUUAACCACAUCGCAUAUCUUAAGCAACAUGUGUAAUCUUUCCCAUAUAUCACUGCAAUGUUUCCUCAUUUUCUUAUAAUUUAACUUCACAUAUUUAGUAACUUUUGAUCUCCUGGAACUUUUAAAUACAAAUGGGUAUUUAAGUAAAGUUCUUGGUUGGUGAAUUUGCAAUAAUAUGCCCAUUAGUGAGU